AUGGAUCUGGCAGUAAUACUACUAACGGUGCUCUCAUUGUUGAGUAUUGCAAAUGGAGCGCAGUACGAACUUACGGUAUUGGAUGAGGAAAUAUUCAGCAUUUGUCCUAAUUCUGAGCCCGGCACACUUGACAUGAAUGGCUUAAUGGAUUUAUCAGAGCUAAAAACCUCCAUGAAUGCUGAGGGUAUAACUGUCAGCGGAAAUUCGACUUUGAGAUGGGACAUUCAGCUGGAGGAUCGCGUACAGAUGAACGUGAACCUUCUAUAUUUCGACAGAGGAUCCUGGACACCAACAGUGUUCUCACAGGUUUUUAAGGAUUUUUGUAAGUCCAUGUACGACAGUAGUCAGUUACAUUACAAAUAUUGGUCCGGGCAUAUUACAAACGAUGUUAGAAACAAAUGUGUCAGUGUUCCUGGAACCAAAAUGAUGUAUGAGACCUAUUCGUUGAGUAUGACAGCUGGAUCCUUGGGCCCGCUUCGAGAAGGAAGCUACAAGGCCAACAUAAUGUUACGAGCUUAUGAUUCCAUGGGCGCCGAGAGAGCAACUCGCAUUUGCUUUGAAAUAAAAGGCGAUUUAUUCAAGAUUCGAAAGAAGCGAUAAAAGGUAUUACAGACAUUAUGUUACAUCUUUUAAAUAAAAUUCA